CAGCGAUUCCGCUGUCUAAUUUAGACAGCGGGUUUUUCUCGUCAGAGUACUAGGCUUAAAGAUCAAUAACGGUUGUGAUUUAGUGCUGUCGCUAAAUCAUCGAUAGUCUCCGAUGCUUCCAUCGACGGCUCUCCACCUCUAUUGUUUAUGCUAUUGUUGUUAAGUUAAAUAAAAUGACGUCCAUUGCCGGAGGCCACGGCGAGCCGAACCCGAACAGCUCCUGGCUGAGUGCCCGCGGGUUCUGGCUGGCCUACCUGCUAGGCCUGCUGUUGGUGCACCUGCUCUUCUUAUCAGUGCCAUUUGUCAGCAUUCCAUGGGCAUGGACGGCCACCAACCUGCUCCACAAUGCGACUCAUCUGUACUUCCUACACGUCAUCAAAGGGGCUCCUUGGCUGAGCACGGAGAACGAUCCUAGCCGACGGUGGACGCACUGGGAACAGAUUGACGACGGCGUGCAAAUGACAACCACCCGCAAGUUCCUCACAGCCGUUCCCAUUAUUCUUUUUCUACUCACGUGCUUGUACACUCGGAACAACACAGAACACUUUAUAGCCAACUUCAUAUCACUGGUGGUGGUUACGCUUCCUAAAUUGCCGCAGUUCCAUGGAGUGCGAUUGUUCAACAUCAAUAAAUACUAGGACCCGUGCCAUAUAUUCGGAAUUAGUUUGUUGAAUUCCUGCCUUUUCGUGAUCAAGGCACUUUUGUACUUGAUAUAUAAACCGUGUAAAUAUUCCCAAAUAAAUAUAUGUACAUAAACAAUGGUUACAUUGAACUACAGUAUGAAAGAUUUUGAAUGGCUUGUACAAAAUAAUAAACGAAAACACUUUUUAAAAAGGAAUAAUAAAGGGAAUAAUAACAUUGA